GACUAGUGAUCUGCGGAUAUUUUUAAAGUUUAUAAUAUUACUUUACAAAAAGAGUUAAUUAAUAAAAGAAGUCGUGACUGUGUUGUGGAAAUAUCGUUUAAAUACUUUUACAGUUUAAUGUCGUGACAUUUGAGCGUUAUGGUGAAAGUAGAAAAGAGGCCGCCUUUAGGCGGCAAUAAAGCCCUGCCAAGCAGUACUAAUGCUCCUUCUAAACAAGGAUCGACACAGAAGAUGGCAGCCCACGUAAAAGUAGUGGUAAGGGUCCGCCCUAUAAAUCAAAAGGAGAUCGAGCAUAACAACAGGAUUGUUGUCGAAGUUGUUGACGACAAAAUGCUGGUGUUCGAUCCGAAGGAGGAGAGUAGACCGUUCUUUUACCAUGGCGUCAAACAGCCGUCUAAAAACACUCUGAGACGCGGCAACAAGGACUUGAGGUUUGUUUUCGAUCAUGUCUGUGGUCAAAACGCUAGUAAUGCCGAUGUAUUCGAAACUACCACCAAGGAUAUAAUCGCUUCUCUGAUGGAGGGAUACAACUGUUCUGUGUUUGUGUACGGCGCGACAGGGGCAGGGAAGACAUUUACCAUGAUUGGGAACAUAGAGAAUCCCGGCAUUACGUACUUGACUAUGGAGCAUCUAUUUUAUACCAUCAGUUCCUUUGAAAAGGAGAGAGAAUUUGAUAUAGCUGUGUCAUAUAUUGAAGUAUACAAUGAAAAUGUGUAUGAUCUACUAAAUCCGUCAAGCACACCGCUGCAGCUGCGAGAGGAUUCAAAUUAUGGAGUUAUGGUGGCUGGACUGACCCUCAACAACAUUAAGACGGCAAGGGAACUACUGAAUAUGCUUGAAAACGGAAAUAAAAGAAGAACUCAGCAUCCGACUGAUGCAAAUGCGGAAAGUUCAAGAAGCCAUGCAGUUUUCCAGGUAUAUGUAAAAAUGAGAUACAAGACCAGCAGUCAGGUGCGUAUCGUAAAGCUCUCAAUGAUUGACUUGGCGGGAAGUGAACGAGCAUCAGCUACAGGUUGUGUCGGUGAGCGGUUCAAAGAGGGCGCUAACAUCAACAAGAGUCUUCUGUCCCUUGGGAACUGCAUCAAUAAACUGGCUGAAGGAAGCACAUUUAUUCCAUACAGGGAUUCAAAAUUAACGCGCCUAUUGAAAGACAGUCUCGGUGGUAAUUGCAAAACAGUGAUGAUAGCUAACGUAUCACCAUCCGCACUGAGCUACGAAGACACAUACAACACACUGAAAUAUGCCACAAGAGCAAAUAAGAUACAGAUGACUAUAAAGAAGAAUAUUGUUGACGGCAACAUGAGGUUGUCUCAAUAUGUUAAGACUAUUGAGGAGUUACAGAAGAAAAUUAAAGAGCUUGAAGCAGCAUCGUGCCUGCCUGAUGCUGCUAAAGAAAAAGCCAAAGCAACAUGGAGGAAACGCAUAGUAGACGAGGAGAGGGGGCUCUGUGAGGUGGAGAAUCGUGUUCUGGCGCUGAUGACACAGCAGCGAGUGUUGGCUCUCCGACACCGACUCCGGACGAGGGCUCACGAGCGAGUAGCUGACCUGGCCCAUCGGUCGUCUGCUGAGGCUAUACAACAAGUAUGCACAGAGGAAAUUCCCCGUCAAGAACGCGCAGUUGAGAACUACGUGAAACAAUCAGUAAUAUUGGACACAAAGAUUUCUACCAGUUGGAAGAAAUGGAACGAGCUACAUAGAAAACUGAGUGUCAUGUGCAACGAAGCGGCAUCGGAGUGUCCAGAUCUAGCAGAUUUCGUCAAAGUCAUUCAAGUCCAAAGCGACGUACGACGUCUGAAAGCGCUGAACGAACUAAGACUGAAACUGUUGAACAUCGAAGACGAAGAGAUUACUGCUGUAAUGGAGUACACAAGUGAAAUGCCCACUAUGCUCAAAAAACUGUACCUGACUCUCAAAGGAUAUGACAAAGUUCCGCCAGCGUUGACGGAGGAGUAUUUGGAAAUCAUGAGAAAAGCCAAAGCGGCACGGGGGAUUACCUGGUCAGAUAAGGAGAAAGAAAAUUGUGAUUCACUCUACAAAUUUAUAUCGACUUUGGACUUGGACCAUCCCACAUUGACAAUGGACUAUGACAGGAGACAAGACAUUAACGUGACGAUCGAUCUUGACAGUGACGAUUUGGAAUCGGAGAAUAUUGAACCAGUUUUGGCGAAGAAACGAAAGGGGACGCCGAUAAAACUAGUCAAUAACGACACUAUAAUCAUCAAUGACUCCCUCGAGAGCUUAGACACAACGAGAAACAUUACUUCGGCGAAAAAACUCAAAAGGGAAGACGAUAGAAUGAUGGGAGUCGAAAACUGUGGACCGAUAGAUCCCAAGGAUUUGAAUUCCACCUUUGUACUACCGGGUGCCAUGAAAAUGAAGAAGAUUAAAGUAGAAGUGCCACCCCUGAAGAGAGGACUCGCGGAUAGGACGAAUAUUCCACCGAGAACUCUUAAUUUUGACAACAAAGCUAAAAUCGUGAAGCCGGUAGCCCGAGCGGUGCCGUUUAAACGCACCGGGGCGGCCUUCGGCUCGAGUGUGCCGAGAGACGGUGCGCCACUGCCCCGUAAUAUACAAGGUCAGUUCUACGUGAGGAAAUAACACUACAACCUGCGUGACAACUGACGAUACUUGGGCCAGGCCCAAAGCAACAAAUUCAUCGCGUAAAGACGUCAGCGUUCGCGUCAUUCCUGCGAUGAUUUAUGACGUCAGAGCGUCAUCCUCGUCAUUCCUGCAAUGCUUGAUGACGUCACGUGACCGGUAGUAACGUCAUAACUGUGUUGAAUUUUCUACUUUUACAUGAGUAGCUUUGAUGAGCUUUAAGUCAUGACAUGAGUGUGGAGGUAAGGUCAAAAGAUGAAUAAAAAAUCCU